AUGAAGAUCACGCUCCUAAAGGUAGAAGUACCGGAGAAAAUGAGCUACACGCUUCAGAUUUUGUUUAUUAUCGCCCCUAUGGUUUUUGCAAUCGAGGAAAACGUCAAAUCUGCUUAUUCCAUAGUCAAAGAGAAUAAGCGUAUAACUAACCAGACAUUCAAAACAGUUGGUUCAUCUAGUUUGAUGUCCUGCAGCCAGGCGUGCUUAAGGCAGUCGUGGUGUACCUCUACUAAUUAUGACUUCCUUAAGAGGAGUAGUGAAGGAAACUGCGAGCAGAACAAGCACAAGGUCUCGUCAAUAAACGAUGACAUCAAGCUCACUGAUGAAUCAGGCACCACUUUCACAAUGUUUCUUAAGGUAAGAAAGCUCAUAAACGUUUGGAAAAAUUACCACCACUGCUGCACUGGAUUAAGUUGAAAAAACUGUUAUGGACAUAGAAGUUGUCAUAGCAACGAAAUGACGCUAUUACUUUCUUACUUGCUGCCGUAUUUCUCGGUACUGAGAACUCUUCUUUCAAAAUCGUUCACAGGACCCUUUUCCUUCAAUAGCCGCCUCGAUGUUCGUGAACUUUAAGCGAAAUCUGAAAAAGCUUUAUUGAGAUAUUUUGGGAUGAAGUUUUUAUGGUUAGAAAUGCGCUAAAAACGGGACAAUCUUAUCUAUAAAAAAAAGGGCUUUUGAAAUGCAAUUUCACCUCAUAGUAGUUUUAAUCUUUUCAAAAACGAUGUGUGAAAGAUCAUGGAGAUAAUUCUAGCCGAUUGUUAGAAAGAAGGACUUGAUUAGUUUGUAUCGAGGCGCUUUUGUUAGCGGUAUUGUAAACACUUUGGUCUACUUAAACAAAUUAGCGAAUAAUUUUAACCUACUGGAGAGAUUUUUUUUAAGAAAUUGGAGAUUCUCGAGAUUAACCGGCCAUCGUCUUAUAUGACCUUUGAGUUUCACGAUUAUUGGUAUGUUGUAGAGCAGUAAAAUAAGCUCUACAAUUCGCGAAUUUUUCCCAGAAAUUAUAAAUAAAUAAUAAUGAAUAAAUUAAAAAUUUCUAUGGCGCUCUUUCCAGUUGUGAUCAAAAAAGCUUUACAAAAAUUUAUUUAAAAUUAAAUACAAUAUUGAAUAGAGAAAAAGUAAAAAAACAAAAUUUAAAGUGAUUCGUUAAAAAGAAAGGUCUUGAUUGAUUUCUUAAAACUAUUUCUUGUUUACAAGUGAGAGCCUCUCAUUAUUCAGUGUUACUGUCUCCAAGUUUCAUUUUCACGUGAACAGCAGUAACUAACAAUGCAUUUGAAAUAUGCAGAAAUGUUAGCUAUUGUAGUCCACGAAACUGUGAAACUGUUGUUGAUCACAGAGAGAUAUUGAGGAAAUUGAAGGGACAGGUUCACGUUUCAGGUCAUGCUCACUUGUCAAAAUGCUGUUUUUCUGCCGGGACACGCUGUAUCGUCUAUGCAAGCUACAUGAUCAUGUCAUAAUGUCAAAGAACCAAUCUGCACACUCCCCUGGCAGUCACUUGCACUUGAUCAACUUAAAUAUUUGCAAAAUAGCUGUAAAUUAAUCAACCAUGGAAUAAAACCGGGUCAACAAUAAAUUCAACGUCGGUAGUGUUGGCAUUAUCCACUAAUUUUUUCUGCGAUUUUAGUACUCCUCCGUCCUACUUUAGGUUACUCUGAAAUACACUUCUACUUUGAAAUACACUCUGACAUCGCUGAGAUACAUGUGAGUGGGAUUAUUAACCGACAUGAGUUAAUAAUAAAUCGGAAAAAAUUAAUUUAAUUAAUGAGCAUGCCCUUAACCGUGAACCUGUCCCUUUAAAUCGUGAAUAACAAGAGCGAUUAUUACAAGAGAGAAGUGACUCCAGAGCUCAUGAAUUUACGGAAAUACAUCACUUAAAACCAACGCUUAUAGUAAAUUUGUGAAGUCAAUCAAGGAGAGUCUUCUUUCCCGUAUUUAUGGCGAUAAGAGAACUUAUCAGGGUUAGAAAGCGGCGUUUAUGGCAGCGUUCGGCCACACCCGAAUAUAAAUUACCUAAAUGAUCGAUUAAGCGCUGCUACUUGAAUAGGCACCGCCCCUUUACAAUAAGUUAGUAAGCGCUUCUCUCGAAUAAGCGCCGGGGCGCUAAUUUGGAUAUUUACGAAUUAACGCCCCACCUUCGUUACGACGCUUGAUAUAAAGAGAUCAAAACCAUAUUGCUUGAUAAAUAAGACCUUGACCAACUCGUGAGUUCUGAAGUUUUAAUGUAGGGAAACUCUUGAAACCGGAUUCAUAUAACAGUUCGAGGUGUCUCUACAUAUUCCCCUGAGUGUUUUACCCGUAGUUAAAAUAAGCGCUGCUCUCGAAUAAGCGCCGCUCUUGUAUAUGAAAUGAAAUAAGAGCCGCGGGGCUUAAUCGAUAAUUUACGGUAAUAAUAGUAAUAACUAAAAAUUUAUAACGCGCCUUUUCCAUGCAAAUAUGAUCAAAAGCGCGUAACAACUGAUGCUUUAAAUGUAAAAAAAAAAGAAAAGAAAAGCUCAAAUGUAUCCAAAUGUUUCGCUCCAUUACUUGCUUAUUUCCUCGGUUGUGAAGCAAAUACCCGAGUUGAUAAAACCUUUCUAUUUUGAAUAAAGCGAGGAGGGAAAUUGGUAAAUAAACGUUAAAGCAAACAGUCUAUUAAAGGUUAAUCUCAUUAUCAGGCCUUCCCAACGCAGGGAUUAGGGGAGAGGCCAAACAAAUAGUCAUAGACUAUAAGAGAAUAUCAACCAUUGCCGGAAGAGAGUUUAUGCUUAGGGGAGCUUAUUUAAAUACAGAUUUCAUAUACUGUACUUCAACUCGUAAUAUCUUUACUCUUUAAAUACCUCUCAAUUCUGGAAAGGUACUAAUACCCCGGCUUUCGGGCAGAGUCUGACCCCGUAUAGCCCAUUGUGGGGAGUAUUCCCCCCAGCUAGAGAUAGAAGGUUUUUUUUUCUGUUUCCGUGUGAAGAUCAGUCAGUUUCCAUCUUUAGGUUGAACCCUUGAGCAAUGGAAAACACAUUACAUUAAAACACUUUAAGUCACGUUAAAACACGUGCUACUUUCCAUAAGAAUGACAUACUUAAGCUAUGUAAACAAUCUGUGGGAUGUAGAAGUUUAAAAAAGGAAAUAAGAAAUUAACUGACAAUAUAUGAUUCAUUCAUAUAUUAACUAUUAUUCCAUGGGUGCGCGUUGGAUAUGAGAUGGUAGAUAGCCAACUCGACGCUACGCGCCUCGUUGGCCAUAUUCAUAUCCAACAAGCACGAGUGGAAUAAUUGUUUUAUUAAAAACGCUCUCAAAAUCUCGAUAAAUCUCCCCGACUUUAUUUUGUUAGAACAAACCGGAAAAGACAAGGGACUUCAGCAUUUCACAUGUCACACGUCUAUCAAAACUGUCAACGCGCGAACGGACUGGAUGAUAGAAAAAUCAGAACAUUAUGGAGAUGAAUACUUUAAAAAACUAAUCGGGAUUCUAGGAUUUUACACAGCAGGGCAGCUAAAAAACUCGCAGAUGAUGAGAGAACAAAACCAAUUUUGAAGUGCAGCCGUCGACUUACUGUGAAUUUGGAUUCUUGGUGCAGUUACAAAAGUAAGAACAAUGAAGGAAAACUAUUCCCUCGGUCGCCCAGUCAUGUCUUAUACCGACGCCUGGAUUGCUGUAGUGAAUGGCCGCAUAGCCUGCAUUUGUAGCUAGUUGCUUUUGAUUUAUGUUCUUAUUUCGGAUGAACAGGCUGCAGCUAUCUAUCGGCGAGUGGCUUCGCGAUCAUGAAGAAACAUACUUGUCUUCUUUUGUAGCUGGUCGACGUAUUUUAGUUUCAUGUAUUUUCAUGUGUUUCUCGAUAAACUUUCAAACAAACUCUUGUGGCUUUUUUUUUCCCGAUGAAAUUGUAUUUUCUAGUAUUCUACGAAUGAAAACGAUCUUCUUCGGGCGCCAUUCUAUCCUUCGCGAAAAAAAAUCUCAGCUAGCUCUUCCAAUUUUCAACUGACGCGUACACUGACCAUAUAUGGAGAGCAUGGUAUAAUGGCUCAUAUUCCAUGAUGGCUAAGACAAUCAAAACGCUAGAAUUGCAUUAUCCAAUGAUUCAGUUUUUUUAAAAAUAUAUUUAUAAACUAUAUAUAUCUUAGUAUAUUUGUGCUGAUACUUGAAAAUUUUUUCAGGGCUGCCUUAUGACCGGAUGCCUUAAUGGAGGCUCGUGUUCUUUUAAUGAAGAGAAGGACAGUUUUUCCUGCUCUUGCAAGCUGCCAUGGAGUGGAGAAAAUUGCGAACGGGGUAGGUCUUGUAAAUAG